UACAGGAAUGUGGCGACCGCAUUACGUCACUUGUCCUGCCAGCAAGCGAGAGAAGCAGCUCCGUCCACCAGGAAUUUGGUCUUUGUAUUUGUGCGUAGCUUUAAAGGGGGGGAAUUAGUGAUUUUCCUGCUGAUAUAUUCAGAGCUGAGUGGAGGUCUGGGAUGUAAACGAGAGGCGGCUCAUGACAGCUCCGCUGCUGCAGAAUGAGAAGCUUGUAGAAGGAGCACAAAUCUCGACGACGCUCUCGGUAGAGUCGAUGGAGGAACCAGAAAAUAAUUGUUACUGUGCGGGCUGUGGAGGAAAAAUUCAAGACUCAUUCCAGAUGAAGGUCCUCCAGGAUACCUGGCACAACGCCUGCUUUCAAUGCUCCGUCUGCUCUGACAACCUCACUAACUGGUACUUUGAGAAGGAUGGCAAGCUGUACUGUCAGAAACACUACUGGGAGAAGUUUGGGGAGCUCUGUCACGGCUGUUCGCUGCUCAUGACAGGACCUGCCAUGGUGGCUGGAGAACACAAGUACCACCCCGAGUGUUUUGUGUGUCUGAGCUGCAAGGUCGUCAUUGAGGACCGGGACACAUACGCCUUAGUCGAGAGGUCCAAACUCUAUUGUGGAAAGUGCUACAAGCAGGUAGUCCUCACCCCCAUGUUGGAGAAACGCUCACACGACUCGAUAUUAGACUCCCUGCCGCACACAGUGACGCUCAUCUCGAUGCCGUCGGCAGCUAACGGGAAGAGGGGUUUCUCUGUGUCCGUACUGAGGGACGUGAACGGCUCGGCUAGCGUUCAAGUCAAAGAGGUCAGAGGGAUGCUCAUCAGUCCGGAGGUGCGAAGUGCUAUCCACGUUGGAGACAGAAUCCUGGAGAUCAAUGGACUUCCUGUUGGGACGCUGAUGGAGAAGGAGGUGUACGAUCUGAUCCACCGCACCAGUCACACGCUGCAGCUACUGAUAGAGUACGACCCAGUGAGGCAGCGUCUAGAUCGGCUCCGUCUGGGCUCGCCUAGGAACCAGAUGGGCGUCCCGGCCACGUCCCGCAUGCGUCUGUCCUCGCCGUCCGACACAGUCCUCGAGAGGACAGACGAAGUUGACGAUGGCAUGCUGAAAAGGAGAUCUAUGAAGCGCAGUAACAGCAUAUGCAAGUCCCCGAACUCCCUAAAAGAGACGCCGAUAAUCACGAGAGACAUCGGUCGCUCUGAAUCCCUCAGGUCCUCCAGCAGCUGCUCUCAUCGCAUUUUCCGACCCUGUGAUCUUAUCCACGGAGAAGUCCUAGGGAAGGGCUUUUUUGGACAGGCCAUCAAGGUGACUCACAAAGCCACUGGGGAGGUGAUGGUGAUGAAGGAGCUGAUCCGUUGUGAUGAGGAGACGCAGAAAACUUUUCUAAAGGAGGUCAAGGUAAUGAGAAGCCUCGACCAUCCACACGUACUGAGGUUCAUUGGUGUGCUGUACAAAGACAAGAGGCUGAAUCUGAUCACAGAGUUUAUUGAAGGAGGAACGCUGAAGGACUUCAUUAGAGACAUGGACAUUUUUCCUUGGCAACAAAGAGUCAGUUUUGCAAAGAGCAUCGCCUCUGGCAUGGCUUACCUUCAUUCAAUGAGCAUCAUCCACAGAGAUCUCAACUCUCACAACUGCCUGGUUAAACUGGACAACACUGUAGUGGUUGCUGAUUUCGGUCUGUCCCGGCUCAUCGUAGAGGAGAAAGUUAAACCUCCUCCAGAGAAACCUUCAACCAAGAAGAGGGUGUUGAGGCGCAUUGACCGAAAGAAGCGGUAUACUGUUGUUGGAAACCCUUACUGGAUGGCUCCAGAAAUGCUAAAUGGUAAACGCUACGACGAAAAGGUGGAUAUUUUCUCAUUUGGAAUCGUUCUUUGUGAGAUUAUUGGAAAAGUGUACGCAGACCCUGAGUGCCUCCCCAGGACGCUGGACUUUGGCCUGAAUGUUGGCAAGUUUGUGGAGAAGUUUCUCCCUGAAGACUGUCCUCCAGCUUUCUUUCCCCUGGCUGUGGCCUGCUGUGACCUCACACCAGACAACCGUCCAUCUUUCCAGAAGCUGGAAGACUGGUUUGAUGCCCUCUCACUUUACCUGGAACUGAGAAUCCCUCUGCCAGCUGAACUGGACGAACUCCAUCAGAAUCUGAGUCAACUCUACUGGCCUAAGGAUCCGGUCCAGAGCUCAGAGGAGCCAGCCACCCCAACAGCAGCCUCUCCAGACUGCACCAGCAUGACGGACAAUGGCACCUAGGAUUUGUGCCUUUUUGACAUGUAGCUCACUCAUUCACUCUCUGUGACGCCUCUUAACUACUGCACUAAUUCUGUGGUGGGGGCGGGGGGGGAAUAGGUGGAAACGGUGUUGAAACCAAGCCAAGUUAGAACUGGAUAACCUGAGAUAGCUGGACCGGUUGUCCUGUUUUUUAGAACAUAACUCUGAGUGCCAGUGAACUGCAGUGAAAAUGAAGAGACACAUUUCAAAUUCCUAACUUUUGGUUGCUUAUUUUUGUUACUGUGUGUCUCCAUUUAACAACACAGAGCAAUAAUUAAUUUUAAAGUUCACUUAAUUGUAGCAACAUAGGGGGGAUCUGUCCCUGUGAACAGAGACCUUUUUUAGGCAUUUUCUGUCUUUUUGUGACAGUAGUUUUGUUUUUCUGGCUCUGAUGGUGCUCAGUGUGUUGGGAACACAAAUCCAUUCCACGCCUUAAAGAGGGAGUUGCCCAACCUCAGCAAAACAAAACAAAGUUCUUUUGACAGUCAAAUCACAGUGCAGGUGAGGAUUGUUGGCACAUGUGUUUACAAAUGUACUCUAGAAAAUGUGUACAAGUAGAGAGAAAAAGAAAAGUAGCUCAGGCAGUGUGGAAUAAUUUUUGGAAAGACUUCUCAAGACAAAAUUUCAACUGGAAACUUGAGUCAAAUUAGAAAACUUUUGAUUUUUUUUAAAAGUCUGCCCCUGAGAGUAAAGUUUUAUUGAAUAGACAUAAAACAACUAUAUAUCUUUCCAUUUAAACAUCAAAUUGUGUUUCAAAAUUGUGAGAGGUGGGGUGCUGUGGUGACGCAAGGGCAAAGCACGACCCACUUAUUGAGGCCUUAGUCCUUGUGGCGGUGGUCGCAGGUUCGAUUCCAGGCCUGGUGACAUUUGCUACAUGUCUACCCCAUCCUUCAUUACCCUCUUUCCUGUUGAACCACUUUCAAAUAAAGGCCACUAGAGCCAGCAAAACCUAUAAAAAAUGGUGAGACAUUGCCCACAGAAAGACACUUAUUAAUGUCUGAAAAGUGGUUGAUGUAACUUAGUCUGAGUUUCUUCACUUAGGCUAAAUGUAGAGGGGAAUCUGGGAUUAAAAAAGUCCACAUUUCAACAGACUUUUCUGGGUUAAAUAAAGACAAAGACUUGCUACACUCAAAUAGCCAUAAAAAGGUGUGCAUUGAUGCCCAGUGUUUAAAAAGAUAAUUAAAAGGAAGUAAGAACAGCAUUGAAAAUAUGUCUCUAACCUUCCAGCUGUGAGCAGUCAUUUAUUUCUAUUGCUCAUUUUAUGAGCACUCAUUAUUUAGGAACAGAGGUGAUGUCACAGUGUGUGUGUGUGUGUGUGUGUGUGUGUGUGUGCUUUUCUCCACUGAAUUUUAGAUCAAGAUCAGUUUCCAGUUUGGCAUUUACACAUGAGAACAUUAAAAACAUAUUAUAUGAACUCCUCACUUCUAAAAUUAAAAUCAGAAACCACUAAAAUCAUGUCUCUUUUAAACAUGCCAGUGACCUUGAGUCAGUUUUUACCAUAUGUGAACUUAUUUAAUGCUUAGAAAUCAUUUAUCAAAAUGGUGCCUACUAGUGUUUUAGUGCUUUCUUUCUAUUACAUGUAAACUUUUUUUGUUAGUUUUUAUUUAUUUUGGUUUUAUAUUUUUUUUCUCUUGACAUUUGACCAAGAUUUUGUAAUUUCACGGAACUGCAUGGCUUUCUUUUGAAGCAUCUUUCCCUAAGAUGUGUGGAUGCCUGCAACACUGACCUGCACUGUGUGUGAACUCUGAAGAUAAUACAAAACUAUUUUGCUGCAGAAAAGUCUGUACAUGUUGAGAUUUGUCAUAAGACGGCGAAGUUUCAUGUUUCUUCCAAACUUCACUGAUCUCGGUUUGUUUCUUUGUAGUCUAAUGAUUUCCACUAAUGUUUUAGAAUAAUGAAGACUUAAUUUUUGUCCUCUUUAACAAAUCAGGACAAAGGCUUCUGUCAGAUGUUAUGAAACAAACUCUUUGUAAAGUGGGGCUUGUGUUGAUUUUUCUUCUGAAAGAAGAAAUAAUGUGUAAUGUAAAUGUGUAUAUGUGAUACCUCUAAUUGGAUUUUGUAGAUUUUUCCGUUUUUUAUAUUAGACAUUUCGACAGCAUUUUGCUAUCACCAAGCAAGGUACUGAAGACCAGUUGUAACCACUUUUAUUUAUAUCUCUGUAGUGUUUCGUAAAUAAAACUUCUGAAUGUUGCUUUUUCAAA